UCCCCAAAUCGUUUCUCUCCCGCGGAAUUUCCCCUCCAUUUCUCCCUCGUUUCUUUCUUCCUUUCUGCUAGGUUUCUUUCAUAUCUCAUGUCCAAUUAAAAUCACUUUCUUUCGUCUCCGAGUGUCUGUAGCAUAAAGUCCCUCGUUCCUUUCUUCCGUUCGUCUCCUAGCUUUCUUCCUUUCGUCUCCUAAGGCUUCUGCAGCUUAAAAUAUGUCCAUUCUCGCCGCGGUUUCAGAAAAAGAAACCCUGGAAUUUUGAUUCUUCUUGCAUACAUCGGAACCCUCCCUUCACCAAAGUAGUCGGAAACUUCAACUUCCUCGACUACCUCCGCUUCACAACCAUCACUGGCGUCUCUGUCACCGUCGGCUACCUCUCCGGGAUUAAGCCGGGGAUUAGGGGACCGUCGAUGGUGACCGGAGGUUUGAUUGGGCUGAUGGGAGGGUUCAUGUACGCGUACCAGAAUUCGGCGGGUCGAAUUAUGGGAUUCUUCCCCAACGACGACGAGGUAGCUCGUUACAAUAAAUGUAACAUUCAGCAAAAAAGGACACUCCAAUUCCAGCCAAACUCGCCCAGCCGGCAACAGCUCCUCCGCAGCUCGCCACGCACCCAACGGUCCAGCCACCGUCCACCACUCCACUGUCUGCUGCAUAUUGCAAGAUCGCAGUCUGUGAGAACAGGAUUUAUGUAACCUAGAAUGAUAUAUUCUUGCUGACAAAAUUGAGCUCAAGGAAAUAGGUUUGCAAUUGAACGAGUAGAUAGAAAUGGAUAACGGCAUUGCUGAAAACUCAUCUCCAACUCGAUCCAAAUGGAGAAAAGUAGCAUAUGGAGGGAUGCAGCCUGGUUUUGAUGACAAUCACACUGAUGAAUCUUUUCUUGAAGAUAUAGUCAUGAAUGCCAAUGUUGUGAAACGGGACAUGCUAAAAGUGAUGCAAGACUCGGUUUCCAUCUCUGAAUAUCUAUGCAUUGUUGCCCUUGUGGGCUUGGUUUGGACCUACACUCUAAGAUCAACUCUUGAUGAAACUUCCCUUUUGUAUCUUGAUGUCAGUCUUCUUGGAUCAGGUUUUCUACUUCUCCUUUUAACCGAAGAAAUGCUUUCACUCAAUCUUCUCUUGCAUUAUUUACUUAACGUUUUCUUUUUCACAACUGGAUUAUACGUUUUUGCUCCCAUCUACCAAACUCUAACAAGAUCCAUUAGCUCAGAUUCCAUCUGGGCAGUAACUGUUCCACUCGUCAUACUUCAUCUAUUCCUUCACGACUACUCAGGAUCAACUGUUAGGGCUCCUGGGGCUCUGAAUAAUCCAACAUUGACCAGUUGCAUUUCUUUAAAUGCCUCGAUAGUGGCCUCGGUUUUCAUUGCUUCUCGCCUUCCGUCAAGUAUACAUGUUUUUGCAAUCAUGCUAUUCUCCUUACAAGUUUUUCUUUUUGCUCCACUGAUCACUUACUGUAUCAAAAAGUACUCCUUCCGCUUGCAUCUUUGCUUUGCUUUCAGUUUGAUGGCCGUGACCUUGGCUUUUGUUUAUACACUCCACCGGCUACUUUUUGUGCUACUGUUGGGUUUAUUGGUUUUUGUGACUGUGGUAUGUCCUUAUUGGCUUAUACGACUUCAAGAAUACAAGUUUGAGAUCAAUGGCCCUUGGGAUGAGGCUAAGCUUUGUUUUGCCGUGACAGAUUAAGAUCUCCAGUGUCAACCUUUGUAUGUCUGAUGGGGACUUUUUGGAGGUUGGUUAAUUCGAAAUUGGAUUGUUUGUAUAAUUUCUCUUGUUUCUUCUGUCCAGUUAAAGAUCUUAUUCCACUUAUUACACCAUAUUGAUGUGGCGCCAUCUAUUAUUGAAUCGGCAUUAGUUUUCUAUUGCA